AGUCUUCAGCUCUGAUCAGUUGGCAGCAUGUUAUCUUUGAGGAACAGAGUCAGAAAUGUAGCCACAAUUCCGUGGAAGAUCCUUGGCUGUGUAGAUAAAGAAGCAGUGCUACGAAGGCAACAUUCCUGUACUGUUUUAUAGUAGAAAUGAAGAAGAUACACAAAUGAACCCCAUGCUGUUUUCUUAGGGUGCAUUCUUUGUUGUUUUGGUUUUGGUCUUUUCACCAUAGGAUGGCAUUAGCUCUGUGUCUGCAGGUCCUGGGCAGCCUGGGGGGCUGGCUCUCACUCUACGUUUCUUUCUGCUGUGUGAAUAAGCACCGAAGCUAUGAGUGGAGCUGCCGGCUGGUGACGUUCUCCCACGGACUCCUCUCUAUAGGCCUCUCAGCUUAUAUUGGCUUCAUUGAUGGCCCUUGGCCUUUUACCUACCCAGGCUCACCCAAUACACCUCUCCAAGUGUACGUUCUGUGCGUCACCUUGGGCUACUUCCUCUUUGACUUGGGCUGGUGCAUCUACUUCCAGUCUGAGGGCGCUCUGAUGCUGGCCCACCACACACUGAGCAUCCUGGGCAUCAUCAUGGCCCUGGUGCUUGGAGAGUCAGGCACAGAGGUCAACGCUGUCCUCUUUGGAAGCGAGAUCACCAACCCCUUGCUACAGAUGCGCUGGUUUCUUCGUGAAACCGGGCGCUACCACAGCUUCACUGGAGAUGUGGUGGACUUCCUCUUCGUGGCUCUGUUCACGGGAGUGAGGAUUGGCUUAGGCGCUCACCUCCUUUUCUGUGAAAUGGCCUCACCCAAGCCCAAAUGGUUUAUGAAGGCGGGGGGCAUAGCCAUGUAUGCUGUGUCUUGGUGUUUUAUGUUACACAUCUGGCGCUUUGCGUGGAGGAAGAGCAUCAAGAAGUACCACGCCUGGAGGAGCAGGCGGAGUGAGGAGCAGCAGCUGAAACCUAAGGGGCAUCUCAAGACACACUAGCCAUGGGAACCAGGUUCGGCACUUCCUGACUCAGCGUGGAGUUGUGCUUAUAGCUUGGAUUGCGUACAGUGCAAAGAUAGAAAGAAAGAUCCGCAAAAGGAGAAGACCCCUGGAGCAGAGUCCAGGGGAAACCCAGGCCCAAACUUCCAGCGUCCUCUCCCAGUGGGGUCGCACUGGAUGUGCUUACUUCCUCUGACAGUGAUUUGUGACAGUAAGUGUGAAGUGUCUCCUGAGUCGAUACAGACUCGGUGCCCAGAGUUGUUACUGGGAGCUGGUCAUGUAGGAAGCCUUUGCCUGGCAGGCAGCAAACUUCCCGGCUCCCAGAACGAAAGUAGAUGUUCAGCAUAAACUGUAGUGUUUGCACAGGCAGUUUGGGGCCAGUGAACCAGUCUGAUCAGUUCAUGGUUGGAGCCCUCCCCAAAUCUGUGUUCCCUGAGGCCAGCCAAAGGACAGCCUUCCCAAGGACAGCAGUUCAGGCCUGCCAUGUUAACUCUUUUGUGCUCCAAAACCAGAGAGCUGGGACGUGGAUGUGAGAUGGACGAGGUGUGGGCAGAUUUACUGAGCACUGUUGUCCUGAGCUCUGCUCUACCAGGAAAACAACACCAGUUCUUGGGGCUUUGGUCGUGAACCUCCUAGGCGCGGGAGGCUGUGACUAAAUUCCAUAGGGAUUUACCAUGUGGACUUCACUGUGCUUGAGAUGGUAGUUCAGUUUUCAGACUGCACACUAGAACUAAAGACUAAAGUAUGUACUGGCCUCAGGGUAAUGAAUCUUUUUUUUUCAUUUUGGAUGCAUUCCCUUUUAGUCCUCUUAUUAUUUCUUUUCUCUGGAACAGGUACCACUCUCUGUGGACAAAAUAUUAUGACAAGGCCAGUUUAGGAAGGAAAAAAAAAAUGAGUGUGAUAUUUUAGUCUCACCCAGGAAAAGCAAGAAUGUAAGCUUAGAACAAUAGUUUGAAAUCAAGAACUCCUGGGUUCUUCUACAGAAUGUUGUUACUCACUGGCCAAAUCAUUUGGGCAGUCCACUCAUUUAUUCUUUGCCUCUUGUAGGUCCUGGCGUGAAUGAAUGAAAUACCCCAUUUUGUAUUUCAAAGUUAUUAUGUAGCAUUUCAUCAAUGGAGGGCUUUAAUGAAAAAAAUUAAACAUUAUUUAUUUAAUUUUUGCUAUUUAUUUUACUUGAUUAUGUUGUUUAGAUCAGUGGUGAUGGAUUAUCUGUGUUGGUAAGCAAGUGAAUAGGGCUACUGUAUAGGGUGGAGGUCAGGGGGAAGUGUUAGGUCAUCCUAGGUCACUGGUAAUAUUGACCUUAUGAGAGUUCUUGAAAAUGGGUCAUUGGCCACACAUGGCAGAGUGGUUGGAACCACAUCAAGUCAUCAUCACUCAGGAAAAACAACUUUAAAGGCACGUUAAGAGUGGAUCUUUUUAAAAUGACUGUCAUUUGGUUCAAGAGUUUUGCUGGGCAUGGAAAUACUCUGACAGCAACAUCUCCAUCUCUUUUUUUCUGUGAUCAGAAUCCUUAAAAUGCUGGCCAGUUUCUUUCCAACAAAAUUGUGGUCAAAGGAGGAUGCUGGGGAGUGCUGAUUUUAACAAAAGCCUAGCAAAAAAGAGUGGCUGGGAGCAUGAGCUUAAAAAGAAAAAAGAAAGCUGGCUCUUAAAUGUUGGCCCAGUGCAACCUGUUCCAUACCAGAAAAAUUAAUAGGCUUAACUGGUACCAAUUCUUUCCUCCUUACUCCUCCAAAGUGAAGGGACUGGGGAUGGCAGAUCUUGCUGUUUUGGGGUACUCAUGUGAAUGUAUGUAGGGCUUUUGAAUUUUGAGGAACCUACAGAAUGAUAAGGGAAAGAGAAUCCCUCAUUUCAGCUUUUCUUGAUGCUGUAACUAAUAACUAUGAAGGAAACUCUGAGAGAAAAAUGUGAAAUGAAGAUGACCAGCAGUUAAGAUGCUGAGUUUCUAUAUCACAGGUAAAUGAAGGGCUCAUUAACAUGUGGUAUGGUCAGAUAAAAUGAAGUACUCAUUUGCAUUUGGAUUACUAUGUGAUAAGUAAUACCACU